AAUGAAGAUAAUUAUAGUUAAAACCGUAUUUAAAUUUGCAGAAGCCAUUCGUAAACAAAUUUUGUGACAUGCUGGUCGUGUUUUUGGUGCUGUAACGACGGCUGCUACAACUGUUGCAUCGACUGCGACCACACCUUUAAAUCCGCAGCAAUUACAGUAGCUUUUCGACCCCGACUAUAACUCUCAACACCAGUUAGUAUAAUCAGAAAUAGAGAAAAAUCUUCCAGCCUUUUCUCAUACUAAAAUUUCUUGCAUGAUAAUAAACCUUACCUAACAAUUUUCAUCUACUCAUGCCUCAUAUUACUUUCGUGGUUUCACUCCUAAAUCAAAGUUCAUCGACGUAAUAAAGAGUACGAUAGGGUUCGACAAGAAUCAAAACCACGGGCUUAGAGGUUUGUGGCCAAAUGAUAACCCGUUCACCACGUACGCAUCGAUAACCGACCGACCCAACCUGAGAACCUUGUUGGAAGUUUUCCAAAAGCUGUACACUUCUACGGUGAAACCUAUUGUUAUUACGGUAUCCAAUUUGGUGCCCAUGACCCAAGAGAGUUUUGGAUAUGAUAGAGAUUUUGUGGCUAUAGUGUCGAAAAUAAUCGUGUCGAUGAACCACGACAUUCAGCAAGUUUUUCGAUGUUUCUUCGUAGCAUUCUUUUCAGUUUCGGCUUUUUUUCAUCAUUAUCAUUUUGAGCACGUUUUUAGAUUGUAUUUUCGCAUGUUUACGAGUGAGUCCUUGAGUUGACUAUGGCGUUGAAAGUCAGUGCUGCAAGUCGGUCAGGAAGAAUUCCAAAUUUACAAAGUCUGUUACCCAGCAAGAAUAUCUGUCCAAUAUUGAUUAUAUUUCAAGAUAAUUAUGUUACGAUUUCCUUCUUUCAGCGGACAUUGCAUCGGAAAUAUUUGAGGCUUUCGAUACGUUAAAUCAAGCUACCUUGAUCGCUAAUAUUUAUAAUUCGAGUGUGUGUGGAAGGAAUCCGAUAAUGGGAACGAUUGUCAGCGAUCUUUACCACUUCAUCAUUGAAUAUUCUGUCAUCGGCGCAUUUAUUAACGUAAUGUUUAUUGUUCGCUUUUUCGGAGUUGCCGAUGCGAUAACAGCGGCGCAACGCGACAUCCGCGUUGUUCGGGCAGACGCAUCUGAAGGCCACAUCUCCAGCGAUUUGGAGUUCCCGCUGGAAUUUUUCAUCUACUUGUUUUAUUUUCCGGAUUUGGUUCACUGCGCGCUGAUGGUGCUUUCUGUUUUGGUAAUUCUGCUUGGAUUUAAACGGGUGAAAUGGUUGGAGUUCCGCAGAGUUGAAGAGCAUUCGGACUUGACUCUCUUUCGCCUGUCAGCGUUGGGUCUGUUAACAUAUGCCGUAUCUAGUGUGAUUGCUGCUGGAAUGGGAGCCUUCACCGACAAAUCAAACUUUCUUGUAAUUAUCAACGGAUGCUUGAGCGUACUACAGGUGAUUCUUCAACAGCUUUUCAUUGCGGAUGUGUCCAGGCGUCGAAUACAUCUUCCAGAAGUAGAGGGCAGCAAGCUAGUCCUUGAAGUUGUCUCCUUCUUGCUCAUCUCCAAUAUAGCCAUGUGGCUCAUAUACGCCCUUGAAGAUCAGAAAGUUUUUGAUAACCCGGUCCAAUUGGAUUUCAACGGAUUCGUCGCCUGGUCCUGCGUACAAGGAUUUACUCUGCCCUUUCGCAUAUACCAUCGCUUCCAAUCAGCCGUGAACCUCAUCGAUAUCUGGAAGAACAGCUUCUAAGCUCAACUUGAGUGAAUUCCCAUCCAUCAAAAUGGACUUAGUAAGAUAUUGGCGAUAUAUAAGCUUUAGUUGCCGAUAAGAUAUGAGGGUUUUGCCGAUUUCGUCCUUAUCCGGGACAGAAAUUGUAGUUUUUCGAUUUCAAUCUAGGUAUAUUUAUUAUACAUCGCUCACAUUUUAUUAGCACUGUAUUCAGCGUUGAAAUUGUAUAAAUACGAAUUAUUAUGGUAUUUGCUCAAAGGGUAAAAUUUAUUGUUGACGUUUUGUGUAAAUUUUGCCAAUCUACGAACGAGAUAAACAAAAUUAUAUAAAAUUCUAUUGCAUGAAAUGUAAAACCUUUAUGUGCAAUCUAUUUGUAUAAGCUGUCUAUAUAAUUUACUUAUACAUUGUAAUAAUGAGUUUAUUAUUGUAUAACUUAAACGUUAUUUAUCAUUCAAAUUUUCCAAUUAAUUAAAAAUUAAGAUUGAUAAAGGGAUUUUAAUGCCCUUAAUGGAAUAUUAUUCCAAAAAAUCUUUGUUCAAUGUCUUUAAUGUGAAAAAAAGUUUCACUUUUACCGUGGUUUCAUAAAACCACACAAUCCUUUUUUUAUAAUACAAAUUUUAGAUGAAAUUAAAAUUGGCGUCAAAAAUUAUAUUUUCUUUUCUUUGAGAAGGCUACGCGAUGAAUGUUUUAUAUUAAAGAUUGCGUGUUGUUGUAUUUGUAUCUUAGGUGUAUGAAAUUAUGUGGUUUUCUCGAUGUUAAAUUAGAUUAUAAAAUAUAAAUGUGUAUUUAAGUAAAUUAAAUAAAUAAU